GAUCGGGGUAAACGUGCUUGUAUGUACACUGGAGUCUAAUAGUCUACACAGCACCUAGCUAUAGCUUAGUUGUUUAGUAAUCGUGUGCGAUUUAAAGGAAUUAACUGAGUUAAAUACUGCUUAGUACCUACCAACUACUAAAAAUAUACAUACACGGUAUUUAUUUAAUAAUAAUAACGUAAUGUUAGUUAAGGUUACAUUUUUUAAAUAUUAUUGAUCAUGGGUUUUUUGUUUUAAUACCCUAUAAUUAUUAAAACAAACGAUAAAUAUAAUUUAUAAACAACACACGAAGUGGGUGUCAAAUUUAUAAAUAUAUACUUAAUUUUAGUACACACGUACUUAUUUAUUAGUUUUAUUAGAAAUAAAAAAGUAAGCACACAAUAAUAUAUAGUUAGUAGAGAUAGGAAAGGUAGGUAAAUAUUGAUUUAUUUUAUACGUUAUAUUAAUCAUGAAAAAUGCAUUAAAUCUUGAAAAUUAACAAUUAUAAACAAAUAAAAUAUAACGGAAUUAUGUAGGUAUUAUAUUAUAGAUAGGAGUUAAAUUUACUUACGUGUUCCAAUAAAUUGGGAUCCACGCUAAUUUUCAAGGUCAAUAUGCAUAUUUUAUCUGUAUAAAUAAAUAUAUUAUAAUUUUGGAAUUACACAAGCGUGGUGUAUUCUUAUAAAUAUACCUAAUGCCUAGUUAUUUUAUCUAAAUUUAAAAAUAUAUAUAUAUUUAAUUGAUAAUAAUAAUUUACAAAGAUUUAAUGCAUUAGGCGGUUAUUAAUAACAUAAAUAUUGAAAUAGGGUAAGACCCUAAUACGUGGAGAAUAAAAUUGAACUUUAUCAUUGAUAGGAGACUAUCAGCAAUGCAAAUGAAAUGUUCACAUUUUUCGCACAAUAUGUUGCGUCAUUAAACAUCAGCUUCCAUCAACAAAAUAUGUCUUUACCUACUCAUAGAUGGUAAAUAAUAUCAUCAAAUACAAUUUAUAAAUUAUUGUUAUACUAUUAAAUAAAUACCUAUCUAAUACCUACAGAAAUAUACCAACUAUUGAACCGAUUUUUAUAUAUAUCGGAAAAAACGAUUUGAUAAAAUAUCUAUCAUCCCAACAAUUUCUUAGUUAAAUUUGAUUUCGAUUUUUUUCAUUUAGCAAUUAAUGAUUAUUAUGGAAGCAUUGAAGGAUUUUAUUUAUACAUAUUAUGAUUUUUAAAUAGGAAUCCAUAUUUUUAACCCAGGUUGGAAUAUAUUUUUGUUUAAAACAAUAUAAGUGUUCAAUGCAGAAUAAUAAAAUUUAGAAAGAUAAACAUUUAUAACUAUUUUUAGUUAUCCAUACACAUUCCCUACUAAGCUAAUCUGAACUUAUAAUUAAUAAACAAUAUUAAUCGAAGUUUAUGAACAUUACAUUUUUCAGAAAAAUUAUUUUUAUUCACAUUAACAAAAAUUUAAAUGCGAGUUGUCAUUAUUUAAAGAGCCCGCAUAUUGCUCAAAAACAAGUUUUACAGGAAAAACUCUUAUGCCUUGUAAAAUGGUCCGAUUUCAUAACAUGUCCACGGUCCAUUGUAUUAGUAAUAUCUUGUAAAUGAUGGCAAGCAAUUAAAUUGUAUUUUAAGCAAUAUUAAUUCAUACGAUUUCUUUGAACUAGAUUAAUUUUAAAAUAUCGACCAUGGAUACAGUAACGGUUCAUUAUUGGACAAAUGAACCUCGGGGAUGCUCAUCAAUGCAACCACUUUCACUUAUACUCACAAUCACUCUAAUACUUUCAUCGUGUACAACAUUAAUGUUAUGUAUGUCGGUCUGGACUGAUCAUUGGGAAAUUAUAGAAUGGGAUUUUCAAGAGGUAAGUUUUCUAAUAUUUAAAAUGUUAGUAUAUACUUAUAGCACGUACUUAUAUCAUUUCCAAUAAAUUUAAAUGUUUAGGCAUUAUCGGUUCUAAGAACACAAAAUAAAUCAUCUAAAUGGUUAAAUAACAUAAAAACAGAAUGGCUAGUAAAUGGAACUGCAUUAAAAAUUACAAUUGCUGCAGCGAAAUCAGCGCCAAUCAAUAAUGGAGAUGCUUUAUUAGUUUUGUCUACAACUAAUCAAUACCAUCCAAUGAAUUUUUAUGACAUACAUGCACUACUAUACCAAACAAGAGACACUACAGUAAUAUUAGCUCCAAUGUACGGAGGAAUCUGGACUUUAUGCAUUUCCUUAACAGGUAUUUAACAGAUGGUUAUAAUAAUAUAGUAGUAUAUAAUAAUGUGAAACAAAGAGCUGGACAAAAUAGUGUUCAAUCCAAUGGAUAAUUAAAAUUCUUAUUAUUUUUAUUCAUCAAAAUUUUUUUUAUAGUAUGUGUAUAAUACAAGUAAUAUGAAUUAUAAUUUUAAAAUUAGAACAAUGAAAUUAACAAAAAAUUAAAAUAAAAAAAUGUCGAAGACUAAUACUCAAUUAUAUAAAUAAUUUAAAAUUUCAAAAUGUAAUUUUGUAAAACCCGAGUUUAGACAAAUCUUUAAAAUCAUUAAGAGAUAUUAAAUUUUGUUUAAGUUAAAAAUUAUUUUUAACAUUUAAAUUAUCGCCUUAAAGAUUUUUCCACUAAUUUUUUAAAAUAGAUGAAGAUCAUUCUACAGACCUUACAGUGGAUUAUUUGAAGGGUGUUUUUUACAAAAAUAAACUAAGAUAAUUAAAUAAUUGUUAGAAUUUUUCUAGGGUUAGGAUCCUUUGGGUAAAAUAACCUAGGUGUCCAUGUAUAAUAUAUACAUAUUUGUGUGUAUGUGAAUUGUAUUUUUUUAGAUGAUCAAUUAAUGCAACUGUAUAGAGAAACUUAUCAAAAAUUAACUGUGCUACCAAAAUGUAUAAAUUAUUUAGCUGAAGAAUCCCAAGAAGAAGAAUAUUUUAAACCAGACUGGCAUUAUAGUAGGUUAAAACAUAAAUACUAUAACUAUGUUAUAAAUAUAUAUUUUACUUUUAAAGUUCCCUACAUAAUAAUGUUAUACAUAAAAUGCAUAGAAUAGUGAAGUAAAAUGUAGUCACAAAAUUAUUGAAUGUACAGUAUUUCAAAUAAGUAUAUAAUAUAUUAUAUUAUAUAAGUGUUUUACUGAAUCAAUAUUAUAACAAUAAUAAUAAUAUUUGUUAACACCCGCAAGGGGUAGAGUACAGUGAUAUUAAAAUGCUUAAAAAAUAAUUGUAUAUGAUAACUGAUAAGAUACAAUUACAUAAAUACAAGAAAUUUUAAUUUAAAAGAAGAAUCAAAAUUUAAGUCAAAAUUGACAGGUUUAUUCUUAGGCAAGCAGUAUAACUGACUGUUUAUAAUGUAAUUUUGGAUACUGGGGGAAUAUAAUAACAUAAAAUAUUUCUAGAGUUAAAAGCAGGGACCCUAAGACAAAUUUGAGAUAAGAACUCCAGACAAUCAAUCAUACAGUUUAUUAACUUGUACACUAACACGAUGUCAUACUUUCAACGAAUAGCUGCUAAUAGUACAAGGCCAAUACGGUUAGCAAUACCUGAAGAAGGCAUAUUUAAAAAGCCCAUUUUAUAACCAAACAUAUGUAUAAAAUGUCUCUAAGAGCUUAUCAAGAUUUUCAAUUUGACUAAACGAAGACAGAUUCUUAAUUACAGACCCAAAUUCUAAGAUAGACCCCACUAAUGCAUGGUACAGUAAAAUAUUUUCCAACUAUCAAAUUGGCACAAUUAUGAUUUAAACAAGUUUUACCUAUUUGUGUAAAAUUAGUAUUUUUUUUUAACACAAAUGUAAAUUAAAACGAAUAAAAUAAUUAUUUACUAAGAAUACUUGUUACCUAUCAGUUUCUAAUUUUAGAUAAAUAGUUGAUUAAAUUGAAAUAUUUUAUUAAGAAAUUGAACUAUAUAUUUUUAAACUAUUAAAUGUUUAAGGAAUGCAAAAUGUGUCAAUAUCAUGUGGAUUAGUAUGUAUAAUAAUCACUUUAACGGCAUCAUUAAUUGGACUAUUUUCUAUUUUUGGUCACCAAGUUAGUGCUAUGUUAAUCACUGCCGUAAUGUAUUUAUUAGCAGGUAAUUAUAAUUACAGCCAUUAAAUAAUUAUAUACUUAAAUAAUAUGAAUUACCUAAUAAGAUACAAUUGGUGUAUUACUAUUAAUCCCUAGUAAUAAUAAGUUUAGUUUAUUGUCAUAAAUAAAUAUAAUUACAUGCAGAUAAAGAAAUUUAAAUAAAUACAAAUUAUGACGCUGCCCCAAAAGCAAUAGCUUGUGGUGGGUGCAAUAAGUUCAAAAACAACAUUAUAUUAAAAAAAUAAAUAAUAUAUUAUUGUUACAUAAAAAAAAAAAUCGAAUUAUCAUCUAUAAAGAUUAUAUAUAAAAUUUAAAAAAAAAAGGAGAAAUUAAAUUUUUAAUGUUAUUCUAGUGUUAUAUGGUUUAGAUUAAUUUUAUUUAAAUAUUUUUUAUAAUGAGACUUACUUUUAUACAAAGUUAAAUUAAUAAUAAGCAUAAUAUAUAAAUAACCAUUUUCCUACAAAAUUCCUUAUGGAUUACUGGCAUAUUACAAUUUACUGAUUGUUUUAGGCGUGUUUGAUAAGAAUGUGAUGGGGAUUCAGCAGCGGAUCCAAACAUUUUUUUAAAGAGGGGGCACAUUAUUUAUAUUUUCAGUAAAUUAAUUAUAAAUUAUAUAUCAAAUUAAUACAUAAAAUAUAUAAAUAAAAACCGUAGUCCAUUGACAUGGGGGUCACGUGCCCCUGCUGUUGGAUAUGUUAAAUAUUACAGAAGCAGUGAACGUAUUUAACUUAUCUAUAAUAAUAGCAUAACCAAUGAUACAUCUGAAUGAAUAAAAAGUAAUUUAAUAAUAGAAUAUUUCUAAAUCUAAUGAAGACUUUUAUUUUUACAGAUUAUUUAAAUUUGUCUAAUCUAAAAUUUAGUUUUUGUUAACAAAUAUCAUUUUAAAAUAUAAAAUUGAUCAAAGUUGAGAAUAAUAUUUUGUAUGAUAAAUGCAAUAAGAAAAACCAUAUAUUUAAUAUUAUUACAUGGCAAUUCUAAUUGUUUAGAAUUAAUUUAGUUUUCAUUAUUGUUGUUAAAGGAAAAUUGCGGAUGAUUGUUUAAAACAUUAUGGCCUAUUUUUUUUUAGCUACUUUUGGUUUGUUUACAUUGGGAAUAAUGCAUAAUAAACAUAAUUCAAGGAAAACGUAUAGUCAAUAUAAUUGUAACCGAACACUAGCACUCAUAGAUGGAAUGAUCAAUGUGGGAGGAAAUAUGUGUCAAACAAUGCAUUUUUGGGAACAACUACUAACUGCUAAACUAUAUUCACUAGGUUGGAGUGUGAAUAUGGGAUGGACAGCAGUUAUGUUAAGUAUUUUAACUAGCUUUUUAUGGAUAGUUUUAUCUAAAGUUAUGAGACAGUUACCAUUAAAUACUACUUCAAAUCACUAAAAUUACCACUUUAACUGUUUGUAUUCAAUUUUAAAUAAAAUAUUUAUGUAUAAUUUAUAAAUUAAAAAAUAACCAUCUCAAAAAGUUUAUUUUUAUACACUUUUAAAGCACUAUUACAUAAUACUUAGUAAUAUUAGUUUUUUUUUUUAAAUAAAGUCAAAAUAAUAUGCUAAAUACA